AGAUGGAUCGCAGUCCCUCCCAUUCAAGGACAUCAUCCGUCAACUCCCACUCUCCUUCCGUGCAGUCGGCCGCCAACUCCACCCGGUAUAUGCUCGCAGGCAUGAACAACAACAGCACCACCCUCGAGCCCCCCAACGCCUUCGGCUCCCGCUCUAGCUCCUUCUCUCGCUCGAUGGAUCCCCGGAGCGAUGUCUCCACCAUGGGCGACAGCAAGACCGGCAUCCCCACCUCCCUCUCGGUCAACUACCUCCCCUCCAAGUUCUCCAACACCCUCAUCGGCAGCGGCAUGAAGCGCAGAAAGGGCAAGGGCAUGGAGUCGGACCUCCAUAUCCCCAAGCGCGGUGGUGGCCGUGAAGCCUUCCGGGCCAACGAGUCGCGCAUGCCCGGCGACGGCGACGAUGAUUACGACGGUGUGACCUUCGGAGGUGCGCAGGGUGGGCGCAAGGGACGGUUGCGGUGGAACCGCUUCAAAUGGGUGCUUUUCGUUGCCAACACCGUCUUCUCGGCAUACUCUCUCACCGGACUUAUUGCCUGCCUGCUUAUCUGGUUCAACGUAUGGACACACGCGGACAUCAUCCGCGUCGGCAACAAGCCCGAGCUGAUCGUGUCGACGAUCGCAGCGGCGCUGGGCGUGCUCACCUCCCUCAUCGGCUGGUCCGGCAUCCUGCUCAACAACCGCGCCUUCCUCGCCACGUACUCCUUCCUGCUCUGGAUUUGCUUCGCGCUGCUCGUCACGCCCGGCUACAUCACGUACAAGAAGCGCACGUUCAACCUCGAGGGCAAGGUGAACGCGCAGUGGUCGCGCGACCUCGGGCUCGACGGCCGCCUGCGCAUCCAGAACCAGCUCUCCUGCUGCGGGUACUUCAACCCGUUCAUCGAGGCGACGGUCAGCCAGGUGUGCUACGCGCGCAGCCAGCUGCCCGGCUGCAAGGGCCCGUACAUCAAGUUCGAGCAGGACAUCCUCGAGCGCUGGUACACUGUCGUGUUCGCCGUCGUGCCGUUCCAGAUCGCGAUCAUGGUCGCCGCGCUGCUGUGCUCGAACCACAUCACGUACCGCUUCGGAAAGGGCAUGAUGCCCAAGGCGUACCGCCUGAACAUGAACAGCAUGGCCGUCAUCAUGGACAACUACGCCAACCAACUCGCGGAACAGUACGGAAACGACGUCGCGUCGGAGGUCAUGGCCCGCUCGCGCUCGAACCUCCAGCUCGACGCGAUGCCUACGAUGCCAUACACGACCGGCACCCCGUACAACAACAGGUUCGAAAACGCCGCGAACAAGUAAUAGGGAACGACACCACGGGCGUCACAGGACCCCGGCCAGCCGCAGCGCGGCGUCACGGCGUAGCACACUUACCGAUACCCACGGUCCUUACGGGCAAUAGACACUCCUUUCUACGCUACGUCGUGUGCUGCGCGGUGCUGCGGGACCGCCAUGGACCCACUCGGACGCGUGCGCGCUCGGGCUGCAUAGGUACCCUGACCCUUUGUACGGACGGCUCGGCUCGGCUGCACGGACAGAACACACGCUACUACGUACUAUUACUGACAGUCGCUGGGGCCGACGUUGCGCCGGAUAUUAUCGUACUUCCUCUUUCUACCAAUCAAUCUUAUUAUUGUCGUGUGCCAGGCCAACGC